CAAAUAGCAGAAAUUACCUAACCCGAAUUGUCAUCAGCCUGGUGAGGGAGUAUGCAAUGAAGACAAUCCAGAUCGACGCCGGAGACUUUAACUUGAAUGCUGGAUGUGACUGGAGCAAGCUGCACACAGCGGGUCCAGAUACGUCCACUAUAAAGAUGAAUGUCUGAAGCAUGGGUAUGUGCCUCACAGUAAACAACCAGACUGUUGCCGCAAAGAUGUUUCUGAGCAACAUGCCUUCGGAUACCGUGAUCGAUUCUUUGCUUGCCGACCGGAUUCAACGCUUGAACAACAAUCCCCGUGGUGUCGAACAUGACUUGCCCUUCCUGGUCGCGGAUACAGGUCGCGUAUUCGAGCAACAUCAGCGCUGGCUCAGGUGUCUCGGUACCAUUAAGCCCUUCUACGCCGUAAAAUGUAACUCGGAUAUCCGACUGCUUCGUUAUCUCGCACAACUGGGCGUGGGCUUCGACUGCGCCUCAUGGGGAGAGAUGAAGCUUGUGCUGGAUCUGGGCAUUGAUCCGUCGAGGAUUAUCUUUGCGCAUCCAUGCAAGGCCGUGUCUGCAUUGCAGUUUGCUUCCAGGCAUGGUAUUCCGCGCACGACGUUCGACAACGCUGACGAGUUGGACAAGAUAAAGGAGCAUGCCCUCAAUCUCCGCUUACUUCUUCGUAUACACGCCGACGAUGAUACGGCUCUCGUGUCGCUUGGAAACAAGUUCGGGGCUCCGUUAGACACGACAACAGCAUUACUUCAACGCGCAAAGGAUCUAGGGCUAACGGUUGAAGGGGUUAGUUUUCAUAUCGGAUCUGGGGCAUCAAAUGCAGAUGCAUUCGUCACGGCCGUACAAGACGCGAAGCGUGUCUUCCGCAAAGGCAAGCAGCUCGGAUUUAACAUGCAUGUCUUAGACGUCGGAGGCGGGUUCCAGGACUCCAACUUCGAAAUCAUGGCGCUGACCCUGCGACGGGUGGUCGAAAAAGAGUUCCCCAAAUCAACACAGUUGAUCGCUGAGCCUGGCCGGUUCUACGCCCGAAGGUUCUACACAAUGGGAUGCAAGGUCAUCUCGCGCCGGAAGCAGAUCGGGCAGAAGACUGACAUGCUGUAUCUGAAUGAUGGGAUAUACGGAUGUUUCAUGAAUGCUAUCUUGGAGAACGAGUUUUACGCUCCCACGCUGAUCAGGCAGGAGACGGAUGAUGAUUCCGAGAGAGAGGCCGGAGAGCACCGGUAUUCCGUUUGGGGUCCGUCGUGUGAUGGGCUAGACUGCAUUGCCAAGGAUGCUUCUAUGACUUGUGAAGUGAAGGCUGGGGACUGGUUGAAGUUUGAGAAUAUGGGAGCAUAUACGGUGGUGAUAUCUACUCAAUUCAAUGGGUUCCCGAAUUGCUACGAUAUCAUAUAUGUUGACGACUACAUGGCGCUGAGAUUCGAUAGAGACGUGCAGCAGGAGUAAAGCGGGCCUGGUCCGAAGCUCUUCAGUAAACAGUACUUUUGUCAGAACCAUCAUGUUUUGUGUUCGCCUUUUUUUUUUUUUUUUUUUGCGGAGUGGAGUGCAUGAAAGCAAUCUGUAGGAAUUCGUAGUGCUCAAU